UUUUGUACACUUGUCUUUAUCACAAUUUACAUAUCCGUUUCCGGUUUUGCAGUAGCUAUAACUACUAUAGGCUAUAGUUGUUGAUGCUGCCGGGAGUGGGACCGGGUAGGGUUCACCGAUUUAUCAAGUAUCAAUAAUAAUAAUAUUAUGAUGAUGAUGAUGAUGGUGAUUGAUGAAUACAAAAAAAGAUAUGAAAUUGGUAUGCAAUGGUUGAAGUUUGACCUAAUGUUUAUAUAAUACUUUUGCGGUAUUAGUUUCCUAUAUAGGUAGGAUAGUUUUUAAUAAUUAUUCAUCGCAUGUAUCUAAUUUAGCAAUAAUUGCAUUACAUAUUAUUAUAAACCUUUUUUUAAUAAGUGAUUUAAGUUUUAACUAAGCCUAAUAGUGUUUUAUUUUAACUAUUCAUUUUUUUACUGCUGUUCUCAAUUAUAUCAUCGAUCUCUAGUAGACUUAAAUUGCAAUGCAUCAACAACAAAAUCAUAGGGCGUUUGCUGCAUUAAAAACUGGAGUUCCUGCAAAUACUAUUGCUAACAAUGAUGGCACUAUGAAUUCGCCAUCUUCGUCAUCACUGUUGUCAUCUAAUUCGUCGUCAUCUUCAUCAUCAACAUUGCGUGCUCCUAUAGAACACAAUACGACAACUGGAAGACAAACAGCAAUACAGGAUCGUAAUAGUGCCACACAUUUUACGAAUUCUAGUAGAAUAACUAAAAAAUCUCACUGUCAUAAUAUUAUUAAGUCCUUAAAACCUCCAAAAGUAUACAUUAUAAAGCGCAACAUACGCACACGUACACUCACAGUCCCCGAACAGUCACUCUCGGAAUGUGCACGACAUGUUCGAGAAAUUAUUAGCACUUAUACAAGGGAUUGGCUGGUGGUAGAUUUAUUUGAUAAUGAACACUACGAUGACAAUGAAAGUCUACAUCGACUUUCAGAGUAUUUUUCCGAUAGCAGUGAUUCAUCAUCUGACAACACCUCUUCAAAAAGCUUAAUUGUAUAUGAUGAUGAUGUGAGUUCAGUAAGUAAAACGUCAUCUGCAUCACUUCACAGGGCUGCUUCGGCACCAUCAACUGCUGGCUAUAACUCAAUCUCUCAAAUUUCUGCAACAAAAUUGCGUAAUAAUAUAAAGACACAUCCUUCACAACCUCCUCCUGCACCACCUAUCACAAAUAACGUUCCUUCCGCCACCAAGUACAACAAUAAUACCAGUAGUCAUACUACUGAUCUACCAUUAUUGGAUGAUAUAUUACAUUAUGAUAAAAAUUACGGAUCUAAACAGAAAUCAAAAAAUAGUUUUAAACAGCAUACCAGGUUGUUCUCUUUUUAUAAAAUAGAGAAUUCUAACUGUGACGAUGAUUCUUUGGCAAAUAUACCGGUACCACGAGAUUAUACUGGUAUGCAGCAUCAUUUUUGUCGUUUGCUAGUAGAAUGCAUACACUUGGAAUGCAGUGAUGCUGGAACUACGCCACAAGACACUGUGUCUGGGUAUGCUACAUCUGAUUCGCUCACAUCUCAAUCAUCAAGUGGAACAAAUCAAAGUAAUGUGUCUAACAUGCCCAAUCUUUCUGGUUAUAUGGCAGUGUAUGAUUUGCGUGCAAGGCGCAAAUUAACAGAAAAUUGUUAUUUGGAUUUGCAAAAUCACACUUCAUUAACUCGUCAUCGAAACGCGUGCGUCAUAGAUAUACCCAAUUGUAGCAAAGGUAGUACAGUACUCGGAGAGGAUUUAUUUUUAGUGAUUAGACUGGAAAAGCCACUCCAAGGAAAGCAGCGUAAUGAUAAUAGUACAUUACCUGCAACUAACGUUGAAAAAACAUAUUUACGCUACAGAACUCCAUACGCAUGGACAGCAGUGCAUCUUGCUGAUGUAUUUGGAUCAAAUCAUAGGAGUUCUUCAUCUAUGGAUAGUCUAGAUCGUAACAGUAGUAAUCAAAAUACUACAAACAGCUUAGAUAGCCGGUUUGGUUUGGGUGAGUUUGAAAAGUUUCGUAAAAAGUGGUCAGGAUCAGGUGGGCAAACAGAUCAUCUUGUGACAACGACAAUGGUAGAGCAUAGAGGGUCUCUUGAUCGCCGCAUUAGUAAUACAUCUAGCUAUGUCAGCUAUAAUGACAGUGCUUAUAAAGGCAUUGAUGCAGCCGCUACUACUGAGCGUCCAUUAAAACAUCAUCGUAAACAAAGAAGGUACAGUUGGUCAGAAGAAGACCUUUUAUGUAGUACUGGUGCCACUCAAAGUAUUAGUGAUCAUUCACGCCGAAAACGCAGUAGUCGGCAUCCUAGUAUUACCGAUAAUGCUGCUAUUGACUUUCGUCCAGUCACUUUAACAAUAAAUGGCUUUUUUAAACAAGAAACUGACAAGUUGAAAGAUGAAGACCUUUAUAAAUUGCUACAUGAAUUUAAAUGUCAAACAUGGAGUGGAAACACCGCAGAUCAAGGAUCUAGCAGUACUUCAGGUGUAAGUUGCAGUUCUGGCACUUCUUCACUGUUAUCUAAUGCUACAUCAUCACCGGGUGGCAUUGGAAUUCUAGCAUCAAAAAAAUUGAAAAAUCUUAACACGACUAAUCACCAUGGAAGUUCACCAACGUGUAUUAAAUUAGACAUUUCUCCAUUUACAAUCACUGAUAGUUCAUUAGAAAAUUUAUAUACGACUGAUCUUUUGCCAAUAGCUAGUAGGAAUCACCACAGUAAAAAGGACACGAGUAGUGAGAGUUCAGCUUGUAUUGUGAGGGAGCUUUUAGAGUUUUCCUCAGUUAGUUCCACAGCAAAUGGUAACUCAUCGAUCAUUAAUAUUGCCACACCCCAUUAUGUGUAUAGAAAUCUCCUUUAUGUGUAUCCUAAAGAACUUAACUUGUCAAGUCGUACAGGCUCAGCAAGGAACAUUACAGUGAAGGUUCAGCUCAUGUGUGGUGAACAUCAGCCAGAAGAUGCUAUGCAUGCUAUAUUUAAUGGAGAUGGUGGAAGUGGGGAAAAUGGUUUUGCAACAUUAUUCACAAAUGAAGCACACACAUCGGUAACUUAUCAUCAACGAUGGCCUUCAUUUUAUGACGAAGUUAAAAUAAAGCUUCCUGCUGAUAUACAUGGGUGCAAAGGCGAUGGAAUAGAUAAAAAUGGAAGCAAAAACUAUCAUUUACUCUUUACAUUUUACCAUGUUAGCUGUAGCAAAGGAAAAGACGGAGAUAAAGACAAGAAAGUCGGUGUAGGGCAACUCCAGUCAUUGGAAACUCCAGUAGGAUACACAUGGCUGCCUUUAUUGAAAGACAGGGCGUUGGUAGAAGGGGAAUACAAUCUGCCAGUAGCUUUGCAUCCCAUUGACCCGAUACUGGCAAACUAUUCUUAUAUCACUGCUGAUGUGGCAUUACCGGGCAUCGAGUGGCUUGACAAUCAUAAGCCACAUUUUGUCGUUCACAUAAAACCCGUGUCUUCAGUACAUCCCGGAGAUACAGCAUUAAAUAGCUUUUUUUCUUUCUGUAGUCUGUUAGAACCUCUAUUAAAAGAUUGUGAAGCUGGAGGGGACAAAUUACCCAGGCGAUUAGCAGAAUCUAACAUUGAGUCGGAACUGAAACACAGGUUAACGAAUAUUACUAGGACUGCAAUUAAGCCAUUGGUUCAAUACAUAAAUGUUGUAUUAGACAAACUAUUUUCAUUAUUAGUGGAACCGCCCAGAUGCAUGAACAGUGUUGAUACAAUGAACAUUGGUACUUCAGUUUUUCAUACUCUACAGCAACUAAUCUUUAUAAUAACAAAAGAACAAAAUGGAAAUGAAGUACUUCAAAGUUAUAUCAGAUAUCAUUUUGGUUGUGCUAUUUUAACAAAUGAAGAAUAUAAUGGUGAAAGAUUGGAAAACUAUUUUGAUCUAGAGAAAAAAUAUGUGGAUUCUUCUGAUGGUUCAUCUCCAUUAACGGAUAAAGAAAUUAGUUCGUCAUUUAGCGAUUCGGUUUUCAAAGCGUAUGGUACAACUUUUACAAAAACAACUGGAGGCAGUCGUACAAACUAUGCAAGUAGUAUCAAUAAUUCAAUACAACAUGAUGAAUGGUUGCUAAAACGUUCCAAAGCAUUAAACAGACUUCAAGCUCUUCAACAAUGUAUAAUUGAGCAAUGGAUUUUAUGCACUGACGUGCGUAUUGCGGCAGCUACAGAUUCAACUUUCUUUUUUGACGCUCUGAUCAAAUGUAUGGCACUUGGAGUCACAUUGUAUAAUGAUGAUAAUGAAACGAAUAAGAUACCUGGAAUUGCUAGAUUCACUGGACAGUUUUUGCAAGACUUACGUAAUCUCCUAAUAAACUUCUACAAAUAUAUUGCUGAAUGCAUUAUUACAUCAGAUAAAGGCAAUACUUAUUUAGAGCGUACACGAUUAUUAAAUAAUAACAUAGCAAGUUUUCUCAGGGACUUAUUGCUAGUAUUUAUUAAUGAUGAAAAUGGAUUGAAUUAUGUAUAUGCUUUGAUAGGAGAGUAUGUUAUCACAAUGACUGCAAAACAGAAAGUUGUUGGCAAUAAUAAAAGAUCAUACUCAAUAUUAUCAAGCUUAAAGCUAGAUUUUUUCAAAAUCUUAUCUGAACAUCGGUAUUAUGUAGAACUUAACUUACUACAUAAUAACCUUGAUUCUACAGUUUUAACAGAUAUCUGUGAUGAGUAUAGGAAAAAUCAUUAUCUUUCUUCACUUGUAAUUCAAGAAUUUGUUGAAGUACUAAGGUCUCCUACUAAUGAUUCAAAAGUUAAAGAAAAAGCCACUGAACUAAUCAUAAGGCUUCUUCAAAAACAUGAUUUAAAAGUUAAUGAAUUAAAAGUUACUGUAGCUUGGCUUUAUGUUCCAAUAUUGAGUAUAUUUAUUAAAGAUCAAGCUUUGUUAGGCAUACUUCUAUCUGACCAAGAUGACCUUGAUAAUGACAAUUUUGAAAGUUUUGAUGAUGAUGACGAAAAACCUAGUAGAAGAAGUAGCCGUAGAACAGUAUCGUUUGAAGCAAUAUCAUCAUCAAGUAUAUCAAGUGUAAAAGCUGCUAUGGCAUCUACUUCAUCGUUAUUGUCUGAAAAGGCUAUUCAAAAUAUAUUGGUUUCUAUAUUAUGGAUAUUGAGAAAUAUAAGAGAAGAAGUUGUGGACAACUUUAACAACGAACCUUUAACUCAGUACUUGAGUGCAUUAUCCACAUGGCAUGCUAACAACUUACUAUCUUUGAUGAAUUUAUGUGUCGAGCGAUUUAGAUACAAAGCCUACAGUAGUAAUAACGUUAACGUUAAUAAUAAAAAGAAAAACAAUUCAUCAAAGUUGUGCAAAUCUUUAUCGUUGCAUUGCCCUGCCACCACAUCUAGUGUAUCAUCUUACGCUUCUUUACCUCCUGUCGUUAAUCAAAAUAAUCAAUCGUUAUCAAGCAUAAAUAGUGUAUCCACAGUUCCAUCACAAUCUGUAGACGAUGUGAAAUCCCGAUUGGAAGAUGUGAUAUUGGGACGACAAGGUGCUAGAAACGAUCUAAUGGAAAGAAGAAAAAGUGCUGCCAACACAAACACUAAAGUAAGAUGGAACAAAGAUCUAAUGCAUUAUGGAAGCAACACUAUUGCAUCUUCAUCAUCUACUUCAGUUAACGCAUUACGGCAAUUACGUUAUCGUAGUAAAUCACAAAAGUGCUCGGAUGUUAGUAGUUAUGAAUUAAGCACUGAGAAUUUGCUUGCAAAUGAUGUCGGCUAUAUUGUAUUGGAUACACUAGAAAACAUAAUUCAAGUGUCAUCAAGAGCUAAAGGAGUGAAUACACAGUUAACGGUGACUGCUACUGUGCCAAGUACUGUACGACUAGCUUUUAAGGUGUUAUUGAGAGCUCUGAAAACAUAUCAAUAUCAGAGUUACCCGAAUAACUGUACUAAAGAUGCUCCUAGUAUUGGUGCAUUGAAAAAGACUUUCGAAAUAGUACGUUCUACCAUAACUCAGUAUCCGAGAUUGUUAUUCACUAAUAGUGAUCAAGGCUAUGAAGACGAUGGAGAUUCUGGUUGUGAUUGUGAAUCAAUUGAUCAAACUGAUAGCAAUAAACUUUUACAAAAAACAUGUUUAGCAGUUUUAUGUCAUUUUUAUUUACAAGGAGAAAAAUGCAAUUGUAAUGAGGAUUCCAUUUUAAUGCAAGCAUCGGCAACUUUUUAUUGGUUAAUGAGAGUCAAUUAUAAUUUAGAUAACAAUUUUCCACGUGUGAAAAUGUAUGGAGCAUUAGCGUUGAGUACUCUUUUAGAGAAAAAGGGUUCUGAAGAUCUAUGGUAUUGCAAUUUUAUUGAUAAUCAGCGUUACAGAGGAAUUAAGUUGGCUUUACAAGCAGUAAUGAAGUAUGCCGAUAACAUUGAUUCUAGUAGUUCCAAUGGUGCAACUAUGUUAAGUACAAAGUUUGCAGAUCAGGUGAGAGGAACUGUAGACGGAAUGCUCAAAGUUAUAGAAUCAAUAAAUAAAAUAUAUAAGCUUAUGAAACGUAAAACCAAUGUCGGGGAUUCUUCAUUGGUAAUGAACCCAUCACUCUUGAUCUCAUCGGAAGAUUCGCAGCUCCUUUUAGAAUUUAUGUACUCGGUAGCUUGUGGAUAUCAACAAGCGUCAGCUUGUCUAAUGCCUCAAUUGAGACUGAGAUGGUUGCAACGUAUGGCUUCUAUUCAUGUUAAAAAUGGAAAUUAUUGUGAAGCAGCCAUGUGCCACAUAAAUGGCACUGCUCUUUUGUGUGAAUAUUUAAAGAGGAGUGAUAAUGGACACUAUAAUUUGUCUGUUUGUAAAGGUGCUGCUUGUUUAGAGUCUAUAAGUCCGAAUGUUUUAAUAGAGGAAUGCGCGGUGUCUGAGGAGUUAUUUGAAGAUAGUAACGAUUUGUAUGAAAUGUGUGAGGAAACAUUGUUAGAAAAACCAUUAGAUGGGGAUUCAUCUUCCUGCUACUCUUUAUUAGAUUUGAUAACAAUAGAAUUACAAAAAUCGGCAGAUUUAUUGUGGAAAGCAUCAAUGUAUGAAAAAAUGGCGAAGGUCUAUAAUAAUUUAUUGAUUCCUCUCAUAGAACGUGGCUAUGGUGGUGAUGUGAAAGAGGAUAUCAGUAGAUAUGGAAGAUUGGCAGAGACUUAUGGGAAAUUGAGAGAAGCUUACAUAAUGUUAGAUAAAAAACAAAAAAAAUCAAAACCAAACAGUGAAACAUUUUACGAUGGCACCUAUUUUAGAGUUGGUAUAUAUUAUAAUGGUAUAGGUGACAUAGAAACAAGCAGCGGGGAAAGCGAAGAUGAAAACAAUGAUUUGGAGUUUAGUGGAAAGCAGUACAUUUACAAAGAGCCACAACUGACUAAAUUAUCGGAGAUUUUUGAUAGAUUACAAUCUCAUUAUUCAGAUAAAUAUGGUGCAGAAAAUGUUAUUGCAGUUAAGCAUUCUAAUAGAAUAUCAGGAGAAUCGAUUGAUCACAAAAAAAAAGUCUAUAUUCAAAUAACCUAUGUAGAGCCUUGCAGUGAGCCAUCAUUAAAAUUGGCGUUGCAUAGUAUUCAAUCGAGUAGUACUAAUGAUAAUAGUGAUAACAUAAAAAGGUUUGUUUACUCCACACCAUUUACAUUAGACGAUGAUGGACGUACUCACGCGUGCCAGUUGAGGGAUCAGUACAAAAGAAAAACUUUGCUGACAACAGAACGACAUUUUCCAUAUAUACUAACACGAAUACCAGUAUUUGAAGGUAACGCUAACAUUGUCAAUAACCGAGGUACGAAUACCACUCCCAGUCGGCGACCCGUAGAACAAAACUAUGGUGACCACAUGGAGGUAAUUGUAAUGCAGCCGAUAGAAGUGGCUAUCGAAGACUUGCAGAGAAAAACCCAAGAGUUGGCUAGGAGUAUUAAUCAAACGCCUGCAGAUGCAAAAAUGUUACAAAUGGUAUUGCAAGGGUGCAUAGGCACUACAGUAAAUUGUGGUCCUAUGGAGAUGGCUACGGUAUUCCUAUCCCAGCAACAAAACACAAAUAGCCACAAUAAUUUGCUAAUGAGCAGACAUCAAAAUAAACUACGGCUAUGUUUUAAGGAUUUUUCAAGAAAGUGUGCUGAUGCUUUAGAAAAAAACCGUGGACUAAUUGGACCAGACCAACGGCGUUAUCAACAAGAGCUAGAAAGAAAUUACACUCGUUUCUCUGAACAACUUGCACCCCUGUUGCUAAAUAGUAAUAAGAAUGGAAUAGAAUAACAUAAUAUACCUAAUUAAGCAAUUAGUAAUGUAUGUUUUGAUAAAAAAUUACCAAAGGAUCUUUGUCUAAUAAGACUUUAAUUAUCCAAUAAUUAAUUUAUAUAUUUACUUUUUUUACAUAUUUUAUACAUUGAAUUAUUUUUUGUUUUUCAUUUUUUUAACAUUUAUACUACAUACUCAUAAAGUCAUUUUAGAAUAAUUAAUAAGAGCUUUUCCAUGU